AUGUUCAACCUCACAUCUCCCUCCGACGCCAGUCGCAAGGUCACCAAGAAAGCCUCGCGCGUGAUGUCGAGCCUCAAAAAGACCCUCUGGUCAACCCUCUCCAAGACCCCCAAGCAGCAUCUCAAGGAGCAGAAGCCCAAGUACCAGCUUUGCAGCAACCCCAGCAUUACUGUUACAGAUACUGAGACCGGCGAGGAGUGGGACUUCAUCGAUCAUGAUGAACUUGAUGGUGAUCUCGCGAACAGCCAUGACACUCGCACUUUGAGAGAGGAACUCGAGAUGAAUGCGCGCGAACAGGACGAUCUCCUUUGUGCGUGUGCAUCGACUGGUAUGGGCAGAGAUACAUACUGGCUGUUCGACGAAACUCGCCAGUACCAGUGGAACAAGAGAUCUCUGGACGGCGGCAGCAUCGCCUCGAGAUUGACAGUAUAUAAUUCCAUUCUCUGGCCUCUCAUUCCUCUCCUCAUCCAUCCUCGACAUCACUUCCAGCCGGAACUUCCUUAA